GAGGAGAAAAGAACGCCCAAGGAACAAGGUGAUCCGAAAGUUGCGUUGUUGUUGGGGGCAUAGUUGCCCAGUUUUCCGAUAUUUCUUCUCGCUCCACAUGGUCUCACGUUCCUCCUCCUCCUUCAUUCCCCUCUCUCGCCUCUAAGUAAAUGGACCUGCCUUCUGAUUUCAAGCUUAAUGCUUUUCUUCGUCUGCUGGACUCGCCUUCACCAUCAGAUGAAGAUAGAAACCAUGUUUUUUUCAUUAUUGCAAGUACCCAGAUGCAGAAUACACAGCAUAGCUAAUUAUUGGGACGAAACCUUCCACAGUUCAAGUAAGAUUUAUGGUAAUAAUUCAAGUGUUAGGCUACUUCGUUCUAGAAUUUAUGGACAGGAUGGAGGGCACAGUAAGGAGUGGAGUAGUAGAAGACCUGUAGCUACAAAAACGGAAGGAAAGGGAAAUAACCAAACCCUGGAACCAGAUCAGAACAUCAAGCCUGAAAUUUCAAGUGAAACAAUAUUAGAAAGUGCUGCAUUAAAUGUAAAUAAAACACAGUUAGUUCAAUUCCAGGAUUUGCAAUACUGUGACAUACGGCAGGAGAUUACUCAGAAUAAAGACUUAUCUACCAAAGUCACUGUUAUUGCUUUUGAUCUUGAGACUACUGGGCUUAGCAGAAAAGAAGGACGGAUCGUUGAGAUUGCACUCCGAGAUCUUCGAGGUGGUGAGAAUAGCACCUUCCAAACUCUUGUAAAUCCUGUAUGUGAUGUUACUAAUUCCUACAUUCAUGGCAUCACCACUAUGAUGGUUAACAGGCCUGAUGUUCCAAGGAUGGAGGACCUGAUUCCCAUCUUGUCACAGUAUAUUCAAAGCCGUCAGAAGCCUGGCGGAUAUGUAUUAUGGGUUGGUCACAAUGCUCGCUGUUUUGAUGUACCCUUCAUCAUUAAUGAAUUUAGACGUUGUUCUGUAGAAAUUCCUCGUAAUUGGCUAUUUGCAGAUACCCUUCCGUUGGCACGUGAACUGAAGAAGUCUGUAGGAACAAAACUUUCUUCAACAACGCUUGAGGCCCUUCGCGAGCUUUAUGGAAUUCAAGCGGAUGGAUCAGCUCAUAGGGCUAUGGUAGACGUGAAUACUUUGUCAAGGAUACUUCCUAGAUUGACCUUUGAUCUCAAGUUGACCUUAUCCGGCCUUGUCCAAAGAUCAUUUACAGAAUCUGAUUUGAUCAACUCUAAGAGGAAGAAGCAUUCAGGCUAGUUGCCUGCAAUAUUAUCACUGCUAUUGUUCAUUGUAUUUGAAUAUUUUUAUUUGUGGAAAUGGAGGGUAGUUGCACCAAGAGGACUAGCACACUGUAAUCCAGGGAAAAAGAAACUAGGCUAGCAAUGGUCUGAAACUACCCACGGAGAAGUGACAAGAAUUCGUCAAUUCAUUAACAUUAAUUUGACAUCCGAUAAUGUAGAUGAUGUGGCAGUAUGUUUGUAACUGAAGGAGAAAAGAAACGCUGUAUUUGGUAAAUUAAUUUUUUUCUCAAAGUUCAGAAAUUUAUUUACUGAA